AUGUCUUACCAACAGCAGCAGUGCAAACAGCCCUGCCAGCCUCCUCCUGUGUGCCCACCCCCAAAGUGCCCUGAGCCCUGUCCUCCCCCAAAGUGCCCUGAGCCUUGUCCUCCACCAAAGUGCCCUGAGCCCUGUCCUCCCCCAAAGUGCCCUGAGCCAUGCCCCCCUCAGCCAUGCCAGCAGAAAUGCCCUCCUGUGCAACCUCCUCCACCCUGCCAGCAGAAGUGCCCACCCAAGAGCAAGUGA